AUGUCGGAGAGCCUUGCAAAGCAUGAGGAUGUCAGAAGAGGCGGGAGGUGCAACAUGAGAGGAGAGUGCGGUAAGAAGGGAUACUUUUCGCCGGAAUUGCCUUGUGCAGUCGAGGAGGUACAUGCGGAGGAGGUGAGUGGUGGGGUGAAGGGGCUGUCGAGGUGCUUAGCGGGGGGCGACAAGGCAGAUGGUGUGCUUCUGGUAGAUGCAGUGCAUCAGCGUCUGACCCCGUUCAACCUGCCUUGCGCUUCGCAACAAACAGCCCGACCAGAAGCUGCGAGCUGAGCUGGUGGAUGUGUGCGGACAGGACUUUGCGGAGGGUAGCGUGUGCUGCACUGCGCCUCAGGUGGAAGCGCUCAAAGCCAAUUUGGAUCAAGCGGAGCCGCUACUGCUUUCGUGUCCAGCUUGCCGGAACAACUUCCGCGCUCUCUUCUGCUCCUUCACUUGCUCUGCCGAUCAAUCGCGAUUUGUGGAUGUGCUAGAGAGGCAGAGGACGGAUGGAGGAAAGGAUGGGGAUGAAGCUGUCAAGAGGGUACAAUACCAUGUGGGCGACGAGUACAGACAGGGCUUCUACGACAGCUGCAAGAAUGUCAAAUUUGGAGCCAGCAACGGCUUCGCUAUGGACCUCAUCGGCGGUGGAGCAAAGGAUGCGGAAGCAUUUUUAAAAUUCUUGGGAGAUGAGCGACCGCUGGUUGGCAGUCCAUUUCAGAUCGACUUUCCUAGGCAACAGCACAAGGAGCAAGCGCAGCUCCUGCCAUGGCACACCCUCGAACGCGAUGAAGCUCGAAGGAAUGUCUCGACGCUACCGCCCAUCCCCUUCAACCCUCCACCCCGCGCCUGCUCGGACGAAUCGCUCAUGUCUCGAUGCGCAUGCACAGACUGUCCAGAUGUAUGCGCUGUUCUACCUCCAGUCCUACCUCCCAGUCGAGGUCAAGAUCGAUGCACAGUGGGUCAAGGCGCGCUAGAAUGCUUUUCCCUCAUCCUCAUCGCCCUAUACAUUCUAGCGAUUGUCGCCUUCUUUGUCGGAUACGGCACUUCGAGGAGGAGAAGAAAGAGAAUAGCCAUUCGACAUAGGAACAGCGGGCUGAGCAUCGCUAGUGACGGCAGCGGCUACGAGAGAGUACGGCUCGAUGCGGAGGACGACAUCGAAGGCGCAAGGAGAAGUCAUGGCGUCGACAACUCAUCCGGAAGCAGAGCUGCGGACCAGCAUCUGCGUUCUGCUGGAUUGAUCGGCGCCACAGGUCUCGGACACCUUGGCAGCGAAGAUGACAGCAGCGCCUCGUCCUCCAUGGGUGCGGGUGCAGCCUCAGCAGGCAUCGAUGCGCUUGACGCUACCCAACCACGCUCCUACGCACUCAAUGUCCUCCUCACUCGAGCCUUCUACAAGGUAGGCCUCUUCUGCGCUCGAUCGCCCUGGCUUACAUUCACCGUCGCUGCCAUCUUUGUCGGACUGAGCAACCUGGGUUGGCGCAAAUUUGAGGUAGAGACGGAUCCCGUCAAGCUUUGGGUCGCCCCGCACUCCGAAAGCAGAGCUCGCAAAGAGUACUUUGACGAGCAUUUUGGACCAUUCUACCGAACUCAACAAGUAUUCAUGAUGGACAAGACGGGCUUGCAGCAUGCCAAAGACGGCAGAGCCAAAGCCGGCGGAUCGGCUGAAGAGCGUCAGCUGGCUGAGAUUCAGCCCGCGCUCAGCUGGGAUCGGCUGGUGUGGUGGGCCGAUUUCGAAGCUGCUGUGCGCGAUCUGCGCACGAGCAACGGGACGACGCUUCAAGAUGUCUGCUUCGCACCAUCGGGUUAUGGCGGACCUUGUGUGACUCAAAGCAUCCUCGGCUACUUUCAGGACGAUCUGGAUGGUGCGGGGGUGGACGAGACAAAUUGGGCUGACAGGCUGGACGAUUGCGCUGAAAGUCCGGCGCAGUGCUUGCCCACUUUCCAACAGCCCCUCAAGCCCAACAUAAUCUUGGGCGGUAUACCGAGCGUUGUCCAGGAACCGGUACAGGGCGGGGGUGCGGGAGGAGGCGAAAUCCACGAUAGAGAAGGCAGAGCAAGUGAUGCUCGAUCCGUCGUCACCACUUGGGUCGUCCUUAAUUCUCUCGACUCGACCGUCAAGGCACGCGCCGAGGAGUGGGAAGUGGCUCUGGAACAACUCCUCUUCUCCAUCGCAGGCAUCGGAAAUGUACCCGAACAACCUCUCGGUGCACGUCGACGAGCACUUGGCAUCGAGCUUGCGCUGAGCACAGGGAGCAGCCUUGAGCAAGAGCUGGGAAGCUCGAGCAACACAGACGUGCCCAUCGUCGUUCUGUCCUACCUCUUGAUGUUUUUGUAUGCGGCACUCAUGCUCGGAGGAAACACCUCUGCUGGUCUGGCAACGGAAAUCAGGGCGGCAAGAGCACAAGAUGCGGCUGCUGCGCCGAGCGGCCAUUCCCAUCGGAGCGGGCUGGCAAGUCGACUGCUCUUUUUCCUUCCCCGAAGAGGCGCUCCUCGUCAAAGACAUCGUCUGGGCGGCAAAUUUGCAAGGCGAAUCUUGGUCGAAAGCAAGUUCAUGCUUGGACUGUUUGGAAUUGUCGUCGUCCUCGCCUCCGUUUCCUCUGCUGUUGCCAUCUUCUCGGCAGCUGGUGUCAAGGUGACGCUGAUUAUUGGAGAGGUCUUGCCGUUCUUGCUGCUGGCUGUAGGAGUGGACAACAUCUUUCUCCUCACCAGCGAGAUGGAUCGUCAGAACGCGCUUGCUAGCACGGCAAAUCCCUACUCUACCGCAAGCAUUGGGCGUGUCUCGGAUGGGAGCUUCGGCUCAGCCUCGGCUGGAGGAAUCCACUUGGAAGAGGAUGAGGAUGAAGAUGAUGACAGCUUUGAUGAUGAAGGCGCGGGCUUGUACGGGGGUCCGCGGGGUCUACCGCACAGACGAGCGUAUCACCUUUCCUCUGCCGAACGAGCAGCCCGUGCGCUCUCUCGCAUGGGGCCGAGCAUUCUCCUCAGCGCGGCGACACAAGUGAGCGCUUUCCUCUUGGGGGCAAUAGUUCCAAUGCCGGCCGUGAGGAACUUCGCCCUGUAUGCAGCUGGCAGCAUGGCCAUUGCUGCUGUCUUGCAGUGCACGGUCUUUGUGGCAGCCAUGGCGCUGGAUGCGGACCGAACAGAAAGUGGAAGGAUCGACUGCUUGCCCUGUCUCAAGAUACCCGUGCCCACCUCUAGCGCACAGUACGCUUCUCUGGAUGCGGUGGGAUCGGCUGGCCUGGGCGGCUUCUCGAGUGAAGGCCUAUUAGGCAGGUUCAUAAGACGUUAUUAUGCUCCCAAAUUGGUACGUCCAACAUCCAAACGGAUCGUGCUGGCGCUCUUUGCGGGCUUGGCUGUCGUUGGGAUCCUCGGCAUGCGCAGGCUCGAGAUGGGACUGGACCAGAGACUGGCGCUUCCUGCCGACUCCUACCUGCGCGAUUAUUUCAAUGCGGUAGACACCUACCUCAACGUCGGUCCGCCCGUCUACUUUGUUGCCCGGAAGGUGGACCCUCGCGCGCGCACGGGACAGCAGGCGCUUUGCGGAAGGUUCACCACAUGCGCUCCCUUGUCGCUGGCCAAUACGCUGGAGGGCGAGCGCGGAAGACCGGAAAGCAGCUUUUUGGCCGAGCCCGCCAGCUCUUGGAUCGAUGACUUUAUGCAGUGGACAAAUCCCGUGCUGGAAAGCUGCUGUAGACGUCGCAUCAAGGAUCCGAACGUCUUUUGCUCGCCUCGCGACAGCGAUGGACUGUGCGAACCCUGCUUCAAGGAUAGGAGACCGGCUUGGAACAUUACGCUGGACGGUAUGCCCGAGAGCGAAGAGUUUAUGCGAUACCUUAGGCAGUGGCUUGUCAGCCCGACUGAUGAAGACUGUCCGCUCGGCGGCAGGGCGGCUUAUUCCUCGGCUCUGAGCCUUGACCCGCCUGCGGAAGGGACUCCUGGAUCAGUCACAGCUUCGCAUUUUCGCACGUAUCACACGCCCCUGCGAAGCCAAGCAGACUUUAUCGAUGCGUUGCGCGCGUCGGAGCGAAUCUCGCAGGACAUCAACUUGCGCAACGAGCAAGGUGGAGUGGAAGUUUUUGCGUACAGCCUUUUUUACGUCUUUUUCGAUCAGUACCUUCACUUGGGCAGUAUAGCGCUGCAAGUCUUGGGUGGAGCUGCGCUUUCCAUCUUUGGCAUCACGACGCUGCUGCUGGGAUCGUGGAGGACAGGAUGGAUCGUGGUGCUUUGCGUGACGUCUGCUCUCAUAGGCGUUGCUGGAACCAUGGGCUUUUUAGGCAUUCAGCUCAACGCCCUCACCCUCGUCAACCUGUCCGUUUGCUCUGCUAUAUGCGUAGAAUUUUGCAGUCAUGUAGCUAGAGCCUUUUCCAGAGCGCCUGGUAACUUGCCCAGAGCACAUCCGAUGGCUCAGAAGGAGAGAGAUGAGAGAGCAUGGACCGCUCUAGUCGACGUCGGAAGCUCGGUGAGUUUGUCUCAAAACGGUCCACGCGACGCUCGCGCCGCCUGCUCAUCGAAUGUCGAUUUCCCCCCCACCCCACUCUUCCCCUUACUCCCCUGCGCGUCAGGUGAUCCGCGGCAUCACGGGCACGAAGCUUGUAGGCAUCAGCGUGCUGGCUCUGACCAAGUCGGACCUGCUCAAGCUGUACUAUGCCAAGAUGUGGGCCGCCCUCAUCGUUCUGGGCGCCACGCACGGACUGAUAUUGCUGCCCGUCGCGCUUAGCGUAUGGGGCGGAGAGGGAUACUCGGAUGGAGAGUCGGAGGCAGAGAUUGCUAGGAGGUUGGCUAGGGCUAGGGAGAAUGAGUAUCUACCCUUUGCCGCGCAUGAUGAGGGGGAGGAGGGGGAAGAUGCGGAUGCGAAUAGCGAGACGAGCGACGGAGCGCAACCUGCACGUCGUCUCUAA